AGCUCCGCCCCCGCUAUGCCUGCUCAGUGCGCACGCGCACCCGUCAUCCGGGUGCCGCUGCAGGUUGCGCUGGGGCUGCGGGCCGGGGGGCGUGGUCCCCGCGGGGGGCGUGGUCAGCGGCUCAUUGUGCGCAGCGUAGCGCGGCGCCGCUGGCCGCCCGGGCCCGGGUUGGAAGUUGGUGCUGCCGCGGCCACCGCCUCCACCGCCGCUGCCUCCUCCUCCGCCGCCGCCGCCCUGCAGCCCACUCGCUGCCUCGGCAGCGCGCUGCUUUCCCAAAAUGGCUGCCGCUGCCGGGGCCGUGGCAGCCUCGGCCGUCUCGGGGCAGACGGAAGGGAAGAAGAUCACCGAGCUGCGGGUCAUCGACCUCAGGUCGGAGCUGAAGCGCCGCAACUUGGACAUCAACGGGGUCAAGACGGUGCUGGUCUCCCGACUGAAGCAGGUAAAAAACAAGAAGCAGAUGAGUUGAGUGGAGAUGCUUCUGUGGAAGAUGAUGCUUUUGUCAAGGACUGUGAAUUGGAGAAUCAAGAGACACAUGAACAAGAUGGAAAUGACGAGCUAAAGGACUUGGAAGAAUUUGGUGAAAAUGAAGAUGACAUUGUGCAGUCCCAGGAGUUGCUUUCUACAGAAGAAAACAAGAAAACUCAUGAAUUAAUAGAGGCAGAAGCCAUAGAAGAUAGAGAAAAAGAGGACAUCGAAAGUCAGGAAAUUGAAGCUCAAGAAGGUGAAGAUGACACCUUUCUAACAGCCCAAGAUGGUGAGGAAGAAGAAAAUGAGAAAGAUAUAGCAGGUUCUGGUGAUGGCACACAAGAAGUAUCUAAACCUCUUCCUUCAGAAGGGAGCCUAGCUGAGGCUGAUCACACAGCUCAUGAAGAGAUGGAAGCUAAUGCGACUGGGAAAGAAGCUGAGGAUGACAACAUCUCGGUCACAAUCCAGGCUGAAGAUGCCAUCACUCUGGAUUUUGAUGGUGAUGACCUCCUAGAAACAGGUAAAAAUGUGAAAAUUACAGAUUCUGAAGCAAGUAAGCCAAAAGAUGGGCAGGACGCCAUUGCACAGAGCCCGGAGAAGGAAACCAAGGAUUAUGAGAUGAAUCCGAACCAUAAAGAUGGUAAGAAGGAAGACUCCGUGAAGGGUGAUCCUGUCGAGAAGGAAGCCAGAGAAAGUUCUAAGAAAGCAGAAUCUGGAGACAAAGAAAAGGAUACUUUGAAGAAAGGGCCCUCGUCUACAGGGGCCUCUGGUCAAGCAAAGAGCUCUUCAAAAGAAUCUAAAGACAGCAAGACAUCAUCUAAAGAUGACAAAGGGAGCACAGGCAGUGCUGGUGGUAGCAGUGGAAGCUCAACCAAGAAUAUCUGGGUCAGCGGGCUGUCUUCUAAUACCAAAGCUGCUGAUUUGAAGAACCUCUUUGGCAAAUAUGGAAAGGUUUUAAGUGCAAAGGUAGUUACAAAUGCUCGAAGUCCUGGGGCAAAAUGCUAUGGCAUUGUAACUAUGUCUUCAAGCACUGAAGUGUCCAGAUGUAUUGCACAUCUCCAUCGCACAGAGCUGCAUGGACAACUGAUUUCUGUGGAGAAAGUCAAAGGCGAUCCUUCUAAGAAAGAAAUGAAGAAAGAAAGUGAUGAAAAGAGUAGUUCAAGAAGUGCUGGCGAUAAAAAGAAUACAAGUGAUAGGAGUGCCAAGACACAAGCAUCUAUCAAAAAAGAAGAGAAAAGGUCAUCUGAGAAACUGGAAAAAAAAGAAAACAAAGAUACUAAGAAAAUAGAGAAAGAUGAGAAGAAUGAUAAUGGCUCAAGUGGCCAGACUUCAGAAUCGAUGAAAAAAAGUGAAGACAAGAAACGAAUAAGUUCUAAGAGUCCAGGACAUAUGGUAAUACUAAACCAAACCAAGGGAGAUCAUUGUAGGCCAUCAAGAAGGGGCAGAUACGAGAAAGUUCAUGGAAGAAGCAAAGAAAAAGAGAGAGCUAGCCUAGAUAAAAAAAGAGACAAAGACUACAGAAGGAAAGAGAUCUUGCCUUUUGAAAAGAUGAAGGAACAAAGAUUGAGAGAACAUUUAGUUCGUUUUGAAAGACUGAGACGCGCAGUGGAGCUUAGAAGACGAAGAGAGAUUGCAGAAAGAGAGCGUCGAGAGCGUGAACGCAUUAGAAUAAUUCGUGAACGGGAAGAACGGGAACGCUUACAGAGAGAGAGAGAGCGCCUAGAAAUUGAAAGGCAAAAACUAGAGAGAGAGAGAAUGGAACGCGAACGCUUGGAAAGGGAACGCAUUCGUAUUGAACAGGAACGGCGUAAGGAAGCUGAACGGAUUGCUCGAGAGAGAGAGGAGCUCAGAAGGCAACAGCAGCAGCUUCGUUAUGAACAAGAAAAAAGGAAUUCUUUGAAACGCCCGCGUGAUGUAGAUCAUAGGCGAGAUGAUCCUUACUGGAGUGAGAAUAAAAAGCUGUCUCUAGAUUCAGAUGCACGAUUUGGCCAUGGAUCUGACUAUCGCCAACAGAGCAGAUUCCUUGACUUCAGCCACCGAGAGCGGGCCAGGUUUCCUGACCCUGCUUCUGUGCAGUCCUCAUCCUUUGAAAGACGAGAACGGUUUGUUGGUCAAAGUGAAGGGAAAAAACCGAGACCAGCAACCCGAAGAGACGAGCCAAGCUUUGAAAGAUACCCCAAAAACUUCAGUGAUUCCAGAAGAAAUGAGCCUCCACCACCAAGAAAUGAACUUAGAGAAACAGACAGACGAGAGGUACGAGGGGAGAGAGACGAGAGAAGAACAGUAAUCCUUCAUGACAGAUCUGAGGUCGCUCAUCCUAGACACCCUCGAGAAGCUGGGCCCAAUCCUUCCAGACCAACCUCGUGGAAAAGUGAAGGGAACAUGUCCACAGACAAACGGGAGUCGAGAGUUGAAAGGCCAGAGCGAUCUGGGAGAGAAGUCUCGGGACACAGUGUGAGGGGAGCACCCCCUGGGAAUCGAAGUAGUGCCUCAGGCUACGGAAGCCGAGAGGGAGAUAGAGGAGUCAUUUCUGACAGAGGAAGUGCAACACAGCACUACCCUGAAGAACGACAUGUAGUGGAACGUCAUGGACGGGAUACAAGUGGACCAAGGAAAGAGUGGCAUGGCCCACCCUCUCAGGGCCCCGGCUACCAUGAUGCGAGGCGAAUGGGUGAUGGCCGGUCAGGAGCAGGCAUGAUAACCCAACAUUCAAGCACUGCAUCCCCAGUUAAUAGGAUUGUACAGAUGAGUGGCAACUCCAUGCCAAGAGGAAGCAGCUCCGGGUUUAAGCCGUUUAAGAGUGGACCUCCACGGCGGUUUUGAACACAGGAUUCCUGCCACGGCUUCAAGAUAAUUUAUUGAGAUCUCCUGUAAACUUUACUUGACUACUCACGAGGAGGACCUCUGACUGCUUGAGAGCUCUAUCUGACUGUUGGUUUUCUUUUUUAAAAAAUUUAACAUGAUUGCUUUUCUCAAUUUUAGAGAAGAUGUUUAAAUAGUUCUGUUAAAACUUUUCAUAGUUUUGUGUGUCAUUCAACUUUUUUCUUGCAGCACCGAGACCCAUUUGAAAGGAUUGGCACCGAGGCAGUUUUGCUUGACUCUGUGUGAACAGGAAUGGUUUGCAGCUGAGUGGUAGUGGUUUCAUUUGCAGCAUAGCUCUGUGGUGUCACCAGUGUUUGCUGCCUCCAUUUUGAAGGCUAUUUGAGCUUCAGACUCCUGCUGUCUAAUUUUUAGAUAAGAUUGUUCCUUGCAUUUCGGAGUAUUAUGUAACCUAUUUUUGCAGAAGGUACUGUUACAUUAAGUGCAUCUGUGUAUCCUGGUUAAAAAAUGUAAUCUUUUUUGAAAUAAACCUUCAUAUUCUGUA